GAGAAAAACCAAAAGCUCGCGCUAGAAGAGCUAAUACGAGCGAGCCAAAGGAAGAACCUGCUGGUGUUCGCGAUUCAAGAGUUAUCUGUAACGCGAUUCGAGAGUAUUAUCGUUCGAGUACGUUUAGGAAUAGUACGUCAAGCUUAUAUGUACCCGGAAUAGAAUCGAGCAAAGUUAAAGCAACGUUUGGCAGUGUUAAAAUCAUUGCGGAGUAUCACGUAUAUCUAAGUUUUACUAUUUAUUGUGUAUGCGUGUAUGUGUGUUAUAUAUAUAUAUAUAUACGUUCGUGUGUGUCCGUGUAUAUAUGUAACAAUGAUUCGAAAAAAGUGAAGAAAAAAGAAGAAAAAGAAAAGAUAAUUAAAAAAGGGAAGUAACAUCCUGAUCGAUAUAAAAUUUAAGUUUGUUAGAUCGGCCGAUAGAAAUCGUGAGAUAGAAAAAUCAAAAGGUUUGCGUUAGUUUAGUUCGAACGGAUUAAAAUUCUUACGGAUAAUGAUUCUGUUAACCGAUACAAGUGGAUAAAUAGAACUACGAGUCACGAGUAACGAACUACAAUUCGAGAAAUAGCAUACGCUUUGAUCUCAGAUUACGAUAAAAGGAAAUGGAAGAGGAAUUUUAUAGAAAUCUUUGUUCAUCGGAAACCCUCCGUUCCGGUAAAAAUGGUUUCUUUCACGACUUCACCGAUUACGCAUUAAACAUGGCCGGCGAUACUUGGAUCGAAAAAAUCUUUGGACGAAUCGAUAACGAUGUCGAUCGUUUAAGAAGCAUUUACACCGAUGAGAAACUAAAGGACGUAGUACGUGGGACUUUGACUAAUGUCAAAGUACUUUAUAGAGACAAGGACGCGAGUAUAUCAAGGGUCAAAAGACUUGAGGGAUUCCAGAUUGCGAGAGAGGGCCAACACGAGAAAGCUUUACUUCUCUUCAGUCAGGCGAUUUUGCGAGCUCCUAUCACGGGCAAGUGCAAGACGGUCGAUCGAGGUUUCUCCUUGCCUUUAGCUUUACUCGGUAGAGCUGAAACUUUCAUGCUCUUGAAGGAAUAUCAUCUGGCAUUGGAAGAUCUCGAAUUGGCUGAGGAAUACGAGCCACCGAAAGAAUCGAGAAUUGAACUCGAGAGAAGAAGAGAAGAAUGCAAGCGUAUACUGGAAGAAAACGCAAAAUCCGUCGUCCCGUUCGGAUCGCAGGGAAUAAACGACAAGCAGUCCGAUAUAAAGAUCCGAUCUUAUCGAGAGAGAACGAUGAAACGUGAUCUACCAUUGCUAAGCGGUGGCAUUAAUUCAAAGCUGCCAAGUGCGUCGGCGUUACUUGAAAUCCGUGAAACAAAGUUCGCUGGAAAGGAGGCCGUUGCCACCAAGGAUAUUUAUCCUGGAGAUUGUUUGGUCGUUGAAGAACCAUUGGCUGCUUGUCUUUUACCAGAGUUUUAUGGUACUCAUUGUCAACAUUGCUUUUCGAGAUUGAGAGCCCCGAUUGGUUGCCCCGAAUGUAGUACUGUAGCCUUUUGUGGAAGGAAAUGCAGGGACGUCGCGAUCUCGACAUAUCAUAAAUAUGAAUGCAAGAUUCUGGCGUUAUUGAUAGGUUCCGGUAUGAGUAUAUUGAGUAUGGUCGCUUAUAGAAUGAUUACACAAGAAGGAUUAAACAGAUGUUUGAAAAUUUACGACUUAAUAGAGAACAAAGCAAUUAAAGAGGAGGAUAAAACUAACGAUACAACGAAUAUAGAAACAGAAUCGAAAUUAAGUAAAUCGGCUAAGAGAAGAUUACGUAAGAAAAAGUUAAAAGAUUCGUCUCUUAAUAGAAACGACGAAAAUAUCGAUUCGAGUGAGAAUAAAUCAAUGAGAUCUACGAACGAUCAAAAUACGAUCGAUGUCCGAGCUUACGAAUUAACGAAUCAUAAUACUAAAAGAUCACCGGCUGAUUUCCUCGAGAGAUCGCUUAUGGCGGCAUUUUUAUUGAAAUGUUUGCAAAGGGUCCAUUUCUUCGAGGAUACCUCACGUGAUGACGAAAUUCCUAACGCGACGGAAAUUAUCGUGGGUUCUUUACUCUUAAAGAAUCUCCAAUUACUUCAGUUCAAUGCUCACGAAUUCUUCGAGACUCGUGUAAAUGCGAAUCACCGUUUCCGUGGUAGCAAACCGAUUUAUUUAGGAGUGGCAAUAUAUCCUACGGUAGCUCGUUUCAAUCACGAUUGCUACCCCGCUGUAACGAGAUAUUUCGUUGGAAGGAACAUCGUGAUAAGAGCGACUAGAACCAUGAAACCGGGCGACGUCGUAGCUGAAAAUUAUGGUCCUAUAUUUACAAAAAGAAAUCUCGAGGAACGUCAAAAAACGCUUUCCGGUAGAUACUGGUUCAAAUGCACUUGCAAAGCAUGCAAGGAAGAUUGGCCGCUUUUCGAAAACAUGAGCAACGAUUUGGCUAAAUUAAGAUGUCCUACCGAAGGAUGUACGAGAUUACAUCGACGACAAGAAAUUACCGAUAAAACGAUAAAGUGUAUUGGUUGUCAGAAAAAAAUCAACCUCGUCGAAAGACUUAAUUCUUUGCUCGAGUGCGAGGUACUCUAUGUUCAAGGAUUGGAUAAGAUGGAGGAAGAAAAGCCUGAAAAAGCUAUAGAAUUACUGGUCACAGCCAUAAAGAAGUUUCAUGAGAUCGCUGUACCACCUCACAGAGACACGCACUUAGCGGAAAUUGCAUUGGGUGCUUGUAUGUCUGACUCUGGAAACACCUGGAGGGUAGCUUAAAUGUAUUUUGUAUGUAUAUAUGUAUAUACGUAUAUACGUAUAUACAUGGGAAAACUCAUGUUUGAUAUGAAAACUUUUCAACUAGUUAGAAAGUGCAACGAUGGUGAACAUAAAAUGAAUGAAUAUUAUCAUAAAUUUUGCAAUAAUUAUCAUAAAUUCAUGUUAAAGAUAAAACAAUGGAUAAUAAUAGACAAUGGUUUCGUACAUAUGUAUAUUAUGUACAAAGUUUUAGGCACUUUCCACUCGCACUAAGUAUGAUAGACAAAUAUCGACAGAUUAAGUGCAUGCCUUAGGAUCCUAUAAAUAUACAUAUACAUAUACAUAUAUAUAUAUAUAUGUAUAUGUAUAUGUAUAUAUAUGUAUGUAUAUUUCUCCAUAGAAAUAAUAAUACCGGUAUUCGGUUUGUGUCAAACUACAUAGUAUAUAAAUAAUAAAGUACGAUGAAAGAA